AACAUGAACUCUCCUGCUGAGCGGCUCUCCUCCUUCUCCUCUUCCUCCUCCUCUUCCUCCUCAUAGCGCUGCCUGCUCUCUACACAUGAUCUGUUGUAUAUGUGACUCCAGCAGGCGACGCAGGAUGACUACUACCUUACCGCUGGUGAUUUUGUGCGCUCUGGUGGCGUCGGUGGCGUCGUCCAAGACGGAGCGGGCGGUGCAGCGGCUCCCAUGUGACUCCGGCCAGUUCACAAGCGGCGGGGAGUGCUGCCUGGAGUGUCCACCUGGAGAGGGCGUGGUGAGGAGAUGUGGAGCCACUCAGACCGUGUGCGCCCAGUGUCUGGACAGUGAGACCUUCUCAGGAAACUACAGCCACACGGAGCAGUGCAGCCCUUGCACGGAAUGCACCGGUCUGAUGCGUCUGGAGACGCCCUGCACCGACUCCAACGACGCCAUCUGCGUCUGCAACUACAACUUCUUCUUCAACGCCAUAUCUGGACGCUGCGAGUCGUGCACGGUGUGCCCGAUGGGAAGAGGUGUGUACAGUCACUGCGAGCACGAUCACGACACGGUGUGCGAGGAGUGCGUCGACGAUACCUUCUCGGACCGGGAGAGCUCCCUGGAACCCUGCCUGCCCUGCGCCAUCUGUGAAGAGGAAACUGAGACACAGCUGGCUGAGUGCACUCCCACCCGUGACUCGGUCUGUCACAAUCCUAACGAACCCACAUAUAUGAGUCCCACCUCCGACAUGGGACCGUCUCUGCCGUCGUAUACCAAUUACUUCCCCCCAGAUGGCUCGGACAGCCCGUUGCCCGGCGGAGAAACAACCACGUCAAGUGCCGGCUCGCCUCGCUUCCUCGGCCACGGCCUCAACGAAAACCUCAUCCCUAUCUACUGCUCCAUCCUGGCCGCGGUGGUGGUGGGCCUGGUGGCGUACAUUGUUUUUAAGAGGUGGAAUAGCUGCAAGCAGAACAAGCAGGCAGCGAAUAACCGAGCGGCCACGAGCAACCAGAUGGUGACGCCGGAGGGAGAGAAGCUGCACAGCGACAGCGGCAUCUCGGUGGACAGUCAGAGUCUGCAGGAGCAGCAGCAGCAGCAGCAACAGCAGCAACAGGCCCAGGCUGAAGUCCAGACUCAGCCCUCACUCUCACACACACAGGAACAGAUAGUGGUGAGGGUGGACGGUGGCCCCCAGCCCGACUCACCUCCCCUUGAAGUCUGAGGUUGGAAGAAGGGGAGAAAGCAGACGGCAUCGGAGCAGAAGGCAGGAAAGAGGAGAGCGGGGACCUGAACCCUGGACCCAAACCUGAGCAGGGAGCGAGGGCGGCCCACACUGCGGAGAAACUGACUCUGAUUCUCAUCUGAAGUGGCCACACGGCAAAGACUUGACUUGCAUGGACCUCCCAGCGCUUUGGACCUCAGUCCGAUUCUUCAUCCCUGCAUAUAGAGUCCGACUCUAUUUAUCAGUGUGCCUGGACACAACCUCUACAGCAAUAUCAGUCACUAUCUGUACCAACGUCCCUGCAGAGACUUUAUCGAAGAUAUGCCCGUGCAACCUGCUAUUAACUGAAUACCCCAGUAUCUAAUGUUGACAUUUAACAUUUCUCUCUAACUGCCAGUUAAGCUUUCCAUCUUUCCUGCAAUGAAACAUAUGUGCCUGAUAAGUAAAUAGGCAGAAAGGUACUCCAUUAUCUCCUCUUUCUUUUCAGCCUGUAUUCUCCUCACUCAUAUUCCUCUGUGGCUCCCCCACUCUCAGAUAAGCCUCCCUCCAUAGGGUUUGCUCUAUUAGGCCCCCGCCGUCAUACAGCAGCCAGCGGGGAGCUGUGACUCACUCCCACCUUCCUCGGAAGUUUCCUGAUCUUCUAUCAUUUAACCACCGACAUGCUUCAUGACGUUUUGUCUUGUAAAGUGUUUGCAUCAUUGUUCGCGAUCGGCCGCGCUGACGGCAAUUGACUCAUAUUCGGGGAGAAAGGUUAAUGACAUCCCAGCCCGCGGCGGCAAGUUUCCAGUUUGCCUCAGCGAGAUGCUUGUUCCUGCAUUUCGUCAUCGACCCUGUGACACAUCCAAAAACUGUUUGUGUCCUGUUUGUGGUGCAUUCAUUCCAUUCUGUGGCUACGUGUUCGAUUCAGCAGCG